AUGACUUCGAUUAACGCGGCGCCGGCCACAGCCGAAUCUGGCUUUAUUUUCUCUAUGCCAAAGGCAGAAAACCAAUUCACAUCGGACAUAUUCUUUCGACGUCUCCUUGCCUGGUACCUGCCAGGACAUAUUUUGGCUGAGGUAGAGCCCGAGCUUAGGGAUUUUGCCGCAGAGGCCGCAUCCGAAAAGGUCAAGGAGUGGAUGGUCAAUGCAGAAAGGGAGCCACCAUAUGUCAAGUCAUACAAUGUCUGGGGUGCCAAACAUGAUGUGGAUAGACUCGUCACCAGUGAAGGCUGGAAGCGACUACGAGCAUGGGGAGCGGCCAAUGGCGCUGUGGCAAUUGGCUAUGAAGACAAGUUUGGCGAGUAUAAACGUAUUGUUCAACACGCCAAGAAUUAUUUCUUCACCCCAGUGUCCGCCGUUACUUCUUGUCCUCUAUCUAUGAGUGAUGGAGCGGCACAUUUGCUGCUCGAAAUUUUACCGGGUCUUCCGUCAUCCCAUCCAUUUCACGAAGUGUACCACCGUCUCACAUCUCGCAAAGAUUGCUUGACAUCAGGACAGUGGAUGACAGAACGACCUGGGGGCAGUGAUGUACAAAACACUGAGACUUGGGCGGUGUAUUCGCCACUUCCAAACAAGACCGGGCCACAUGGUACGCUAGGAGAGGGCGACUACCUGGUGUCUGGAUUCAAGUUUUUUUCUUCUGCAACGGAUGCCGAUAUUGCAAUUCUGUUGGCAAAAACAAGCAGCGGCAAACUCAGUGCCUUCUUGGCACCACUCACACGAACAGGCAUAGACCAAAGAGGCGGAGAGAAGAUAGUCACGAAUGGCAUUCGCAUCCAUCGCCUUAAAAAUAAGUUAGGUACGAAGCAGUUGCCAACUGCUGAGCUUGAGCUCAAAAACGUUCGUGCUCAUCUGGUCGGGGAGUUGGACCGAGGUGUUGGCACCAUCUCCCAUAUUUUAAACGUCACUCGCGCCUGGGCUUUCGUCGGAUCUUUGGCGGGCAUGCGGCGAUGUAUGACCAUUGCAAAAUCUUUUUCCAAAGCCCGCACUGUUUUUGGGUAUCCCCUAUGGAUUCUGCCCUUGCACCUCCGAACACUGGCUGGCCUGGAGACUAAAAUUCGCGGCUUGCUGCAUCUAGGCUUUUACACCAUUGCCCUGACAAGCUUCACUGAAAGUUCCUUCCCGGAUAUCCCCAAAGACACCUCGUAUGCGCCACUUCCGCGGUCUCAAGAAGAUGCCAAGGUGAUCCUCCGGACCCUUACUGCGGUGACAAAAGCCGUGGCCAGUAAAACAGCUGUCGCAUCCAUCCAGGAAUGCAUGGAAGCCCUGGGAGGUGUGGGAUACAUGGAUGAAGUGGAAGAGCCGGAGAACAUGGCUCGGGCUUUUCGUGAUGUCAGCGUCAACACCAUCUGGGAGGGUACCACAAAUGUGCUCAGCAGUGAGGUUGUACGCCAUCUACUGAACAAAAACCAUCUUCAAGUUUUCAACAAAUGGUUAGGUGUAGCAAUUGACGGGGUGGAAAUUGUCGAACUUCGCAGGGUUCUUCAAAACGCUUGGGGGGCUUUGCAUGACCACCUGGACAAGUAUCGCGGGUACUUGUUUGACGCCCUGGCAAACGGUAGAACCAUCAUGUUCACUAUAGCGUGGAUCGUUAGUGGAACAAUACUUGGCCUUGAUGCGAGUCGUGAUCACGAUCCGGUAGCCAUCGAAGUCGCUAAUCGCUGGAUUUUUGAUCAGGAAGGCAUCCCCCGUGAAUAUAUACUGGCUGAGAUGGAUGAAGUAGCACAUAGAAGACCAUCGCAAAAAGGGAACGAACGGGCUGCAUGGGAUUGUAGGUUGGUUUGGGGAGUCGAUCUGCCAGACUUUGCGACAUUUGGUCAACGUCCACCCCUUCAGCAAUCAAAAAUUUGA